UUACCUCUUAUUCUCUAGAGGAUAAUAAGUUAUGGCAAAGAUACUUGCUGAAGCUGGUGCUACAGCUGGGUUUUACCAUCUAUGCCAUUUUAACGCUCCUCUCAAGCGAAUUGUUGCUUUUUAUCGUGCAAGUUUAGACCAUUUCGGAGAAAAAUGGCAGGAAACUACUGCUACAGGUGGAAUUCACAUUCCAGUACAAUUCAAAGGCGUGAAGAACAACGGAGGGAUAUUACAAACUGCAGUUCUACUCCUUGGCAGUUUAAAGGGUAUAAUCAUUGGCCCUGCUCCAAAGAAAGAGGAGCAAGACAAAAUCACAAGGAUUUUUCAUCCUGACCAAAGUAGAAGUUGGUGUGGUGCGCUUCGAAUAAUUGAGAUUGAGCUAAGCCUCUUGUAUGAGCUUCUUCACACCAAGUUGCCUGUGAUUGCUUCAACUAGUGGAUUUAUUUUCCGUAUCGCCAAUUUCAGUUGCAUCUUGGUAGCCUUGCUUUCAUUCUCAUUAGUUAAGAAGCACCACCAGUUGGGGUUGGUUGACAUCUUGCUAACCUAUGGGUUGCUGAUUGGCACCUUGGCGUUGGAUUUCUUGUCUAUCAUAUUACUCAUCAAAUGCUCCGAUUGGUUUGCCGCUGCUCGCCUCCAAGAUCAGCACGACUUGCCUAAUGCAUUUAUCAAUAGGCGCAGGUGGUGUAAAAAAGUUUCACAGUUAAAUUUUUUAACGUAUCAUGUGAAAGAUUAUCCAGUUUGGCUGAAAAAGCUAGAUGAGCACUGCAUGUGGAGCUUGUUGGAAUACAUAAACAUUCAUUUCCGAUUGCCGUAUUACCAAAAUUUCCGGGCCCCACUCUGGCAAUUCAUUUGGAGAGAACUAUCGGAGAAAUAUGAUUGGCAUAAGAAUAAGCAAGAAAAUUGGUUGUCAGAAACAGAAUUAAUACGUCAUUUUGAGAAGGUUAUCAACAAGGAACGAGCCAAGUGCUUGAUCAAAAGGUUCAUUUACGAGUUGGAUAAUUUCUCACGAACCCUCCUAGUGUGGCAUAUAGGCACUGAAUUAUGCUUCCAAGACGACAAUGACCAGUGGAGGUAUGAGUCUGAGGAAACUGAUUACAGAUCAAUAUGCAAGCUACUUUCAGAUUAUAUGUUUUACCUUGCAGUAGGCGUGCAGCCCAGCAUGAUGGCAACUGUAUUGGAUGAUUGGAAGAAGGAAUUUGGAGAAAUAUGUGAGCAGACUCGGCGAUUAGUACCCUGGAGUUUUUUCUCAGAUGAGAAGACUGCCUGUAAAAUGAUCUUUUUCGGGUUGAAGGAAGAAAAAGAGGGCAAGCCCAGAUUAUCUGAUGCAGUUGCUCUUGCCUGCUGGCUCAAGAACAAGAAGCAGGAGGGGGGUUAUGAUUAUUCGUGGGAGUUAAUGGGCAAAGUUUGGGUACAUUUAAUGUUCUUUGCUGCUAUUACUUGCAGCUCAUAUGUCCAUGCACAGAAACCAAGUCAGGGUGGAGAACUUCUCACUUUCGUUUGGCUGUCGCUGAAUCAUUUGGGUCUUGGAAAGAAAUACAAAACGUUGAAAGAAAUGUUGGAGCAUCCUGACGUCCCACCACCGCCGCCGCCAGAUGUGGAUGAGGAAGAGCAUACGUAUAGAGGAAGGCUACGAUUAGAAAUACAUAUGGGUUCCCUCUGAGGUGUGUUUAUUAUCACUAUUAUUAUUGUUAAACUUAUUAAAGUUUUUAUUUUUUA